AAAUUUUCCAGCAUAUGUACAUACAGAAGAGUACGCUUUCAUAGUAUGAGGUUGCGGUGAACCCUUGAUUUAGACUGGUGCCACUAUACGCAGAUCGCAGCUAUAAUAUAAAUUUGAAAGGGUACCCGCCGGUGUUUUUUUAGGAGAAAGUUUAUUAUUUAGCAAGUAGUCAUACUCAUAGGUCUACAUGUCACAGAGCUAGUAGAAAGAACACUAUUUUUACAUCAGAAAAACUAUAAUUGUUCAAAAUGCCACCUCCACAAAAAGACAGAUGUAUAGCCGUUAUGGGCUUCAGAUCUGUUGGGAAAUCAUCAUUGACCAUACAGUUUGUGGAGAAUCAGUUUGUGGAUGCCUAUGACCCAACCAUUGAAAACACAUUUGAAAAAAUGAUCAAACUUGGAACUCAAGAAUACAAACUAAAGAUCGUAGACACGGCCGGCCAGGAUGAGUACUCCAUCUUCCCUCAGUCUCUGACCUUCACAAUACAUGGUUAUGUCCUUGUUUAUACUGUCACAUCGCAAAAAAGUUUUGAUGUAGUAAAAAUUAUAUAUGAGAAGCUGUUGGAUACCACAGGUAAUGUCAAUGUUCCCGUUGUUCUUGUUGGCAACAAGAAAGAUCUCCAUAUGGAAAGGGUUAUAUCCACCGCAGAAGGGAGGGAAUUAGCCAACUCAUGGAAUGCUAACUUCAUUGAGUCUUCAGCAAAGCAGAACGAGAGUGUAGUGGACAUCUUCAAGACAUUAUUACAGAUUAUCGAGAAGAAAGAUGGAGGUACACAAAAGAAAGACAACGAUUGUGUUCUUCUGUGACCAUGUCUUUACAAAAGUACCUCAUCUACCAGCAAUAAAAGGUGCACUGUCAUAUUUUUAAUCUUGUAUUACUACUAGUUGUAUCAGUAAAAAAAACAGCUUUUGACCAAUCAUGAGCUGUCCUACAUUUUUAACUGUUCCAACACUAUAUUAGAGGCUAGUAGUGAAAUGAAUUGGGUUUGUAUAAAUGAAAUCGCGUAAAUGCUUCAUGUAAGAAUAUAAAAAAAACAUAAGAGGCAGCGCACACACUUGAAACAAUUGGAGUGAAAGCAUCAGCUCCAUUUCAAACCUGUGAUAUGUGAUACUUGUGAUAUUUGAAUAGUUCACCUCUACAUUAAAACAAAGGUCCAAGGAAAUGACGUAAUGUUUAACACGGAUGUAAAUGUACAGUAUAUGCAGGCCUUCAUUGACAUGUAAUCCAAUAAUGUAACAGGUCUUCCAAAAUAGUCUCAGGCCUGAACAGGCAAAGUAGUGACUCCAUCCUAAUGAGUGCCCGAAUUGCAAAAUGGGACCAAGCAUUGGUCAGCUUUCACAGUGCAUUUUCUUAUUUAAUUACAUACUACUUCUGACUUUGCCCUAAGCACACCCCUGGGCCUGCCUUUUGUUGUGAAAUAAUAACAACAUCAUUAAUUUUAUUCUUUUCUUUACCCUUAAAGGAAAACUUUCGUCUGGAAUGCUUCAAAUAACAGUUUGAAUCCUAAAAAAGUAGAAAAUAAACUUUCACACAUUGCAAAUGUGCAGUUUUCAUGUAGUUGUCGCUCAAAGGAAUUCAUGGGUUUAAGAUUUUGCUCCUCAAUAAUCGAAACUGUUAGAAAUGCUAGUCAUCACUUGAGUCCCACAUGUUCUUUUGAAAACGUAAAUAAAUGUAUGUGCGCUAGGAUCGCCAUGAUCAUAACUCUGAAACUAGAGUGAGACCUGAUAUUCCACAGAGAAAUGUCACACAUUUUUGUGGCACCAGCCUUUCGUCAAAAGUUUUGCUCAAAAAUGUGAUGGCUUCAUUUGAAUUCACUUCUGGAAAUGGGUAUAGACAAAGCAAAACUCGAUGCCCAUCAGAAUUAAACAAAUGGGAGUUUUCCAACAUUUUCUUCCUUAGUGUAAGAUAUUAUGCAUAUUUUCUGCAACCCAGACCUUUGAAAUAUGUCUUGUAAAGAAUGUGACGCAAAAUAUUGCCAAUCUCCAGACGAAAGUGCACCUUUAGAAUUACUAAUACAUAUGUGUAGUAAUGCUUUAAUCACUGUUUUUGAGAAAUGUAUAACCGAUAGAAUUGUUGAAUAAUGAAAGCCGGACGUUUUGCUCCAAAAGGUAACACCAUAGCCCGAGAAUGAUCACCAACAAAUACCCAAAUUGUUUCUAGGUUUAAUUUUGUGACUUGAGUAGGCAGUUAAGUUCAAAGAUUUAUAUUUUAGCUUUGAAUGUUGACGUGCAUUGAAAGCAAAUGCAUAUUUAUGUUUACAUCUCCCAUCCAAGAAGUAUGUGAUUGGCUGUGUAUGAACAACUUUGACUCAAAAAUGUAUCUGUAAUUAUAUUUAUGGUAGACUUGGAACAUAGGCCUAAUUGUUUUGUAAUUAUUUGGUUUGACGUUUUCCAUAUUUUGAGGGAUGUUGGAUGAUUUGCUGUUUAUUGCUGCAUUUCUAACAAAACCUUUUGAAAGUUGAAUGCCGUUUAAAAAGAAAAGAGAGAACAUAGUCCAGGUUAUAAAUGGAAUUGUUGGAGUAGGUCAUGAUUAUCUCAGAUGACGUCGAAAGCGCUACGCACAAUAAGAAACUUGAACAUUGAAUAGUCUGAACUUGUUACGGACAUAAUACAUAUUUCAUAAGAAGCAAUUUCAUUUUUUUUUAAGAAAUUACACUAGUAAAUGUACGAUAAUAAUAGAAGUAUAACAAUAAACAAUGAAGGUUAAUCAUUGA